AUGAACAAGGCGGUCUACAUUUCGCCCGAGGACCAGGCGUCCGACGACCUCGCAUGGAUGCGCGAGGCGCUGUACAUGGCCGAGGAGGCACUGCAGAAUGGCGAGGUGCCGGUUGGCUGCGUGUUCGUGAAGAACGGGCAGGCGAUUGCGCGUGCGAGGAAUAGAACCAAUGAAUGGCGUAAUGCAACGCUCCAUGCGGAACUCGAAGCCAUCGACCACCUCCUGCCAUACAACCCGCCCCCACUGUCGAGCAUCACACUCUACGUCACCGUCGAGCCGUGUGUCAUGUGUGCGAGUGCCUUGCGGCAAGUUGGGAUUGGACGCGUUGUCUACGGGUGUGGGAAUGACCGGUUCGGCGGGUGUGGGAGUGUCCUAGACGUGUCGACUAGUGACAUGCUUGAUACAAACCCCGCAUUCGAGGCGGUGGGCGGAUAUCUGCGCGAGGAGGCAAUCAUGCUCCUCCGUCGGUUCUAUAUGAGCGAGAACCAGAACGCUCCCAACCCCAAGAAGAAGGCUACGCGGGUGCUCAAGACUGAUAUUCCACCGCCGCCGUCUGGGACUGCUUCGGCUGCUACUAGUCGGAGCGCUAGUGCUGCGCCAACGCCAACGCCUGCGCCCAAGUUUCCUCUUCCUAUUGGGGGUACGCUGGCGAGCACGCCGCGGCCCCUGACGCCGCAAUGA